GUGCCAUACAUUGAACAAUUGCCGACAUACAUUGGAUUAUCGGCCGAUGCUCCUCACGCUUAUGUUAUUUCUAUAGUUGUCGCAACGAUUGCAAUGAGAACAGCUAUAACUCUACCGGUUACAAUCUGGCAAAGGGCAAGAACAAGAAGAAUGACAGAGAUCGUUGGUCCAAAAUGGGAACAAAUGAAACGUGAUUUACCCAUAGAUGUAGCACGUCGUUGCAGGGUACAAAAGAAAACGCAUGCAGAGUAUAAAGUUGAACUGCAAAAGACAUUAAAAACGGAAUUAAGACUUCUUAUGAAGAAAAACAAAUGUGCUCCGCUGGCAACGCUUCUUCUUCCGUUAGCAGCAAGUAUACCUUUGUUCUUGUAUGCUUCUUUUGCGAUUCGAGCAGCUCUAAUAACCCAAGGUAGCGCAAUUGGAGCGGAAAUUGUACCUUGGUGGUCACCUCCUGCUGAUCUUAUGGCUAAAUUCGAAGAAGGUGCAAAGAUAUUACAAGCACGAGGAUUAGAAGGAGAAGCAUUACAAAAGCUAACCACAAUGCAAGGUCCAACACUUGCUGAUCGUGAUAAGACGAUGUUUGGACCGAUAGGAUUGGGUAUGCUGACGUUGAUCAAUGUUGAAUUAGGUCAAUGGUUACGUAAACCUCUUAUCGAAGCUCCGACUGCGCAAGUACCCAAAGAUGAAGAUGAGGACGAACGAUCAAUGAAAAAGCGAGAAGCACGGGAACGAAAAGCAUCUUUAGCCUCUUUGAGAUCUGCCGUUAUGGGCAAUGUUUUACGUGCGGCAUCUAUCGCUUUUGUCGUCGUUGCAAGUCAAGCUCCUGCAGGUUUAUCGAUCUAUUGGCUUUCUUCUGCAGCCUAUACACUUGUUCAAAAUUCAAUUUUUGCAGUGAUUGAUCGA